AUGUCGGCUCAAGUUGCUCCCACCGUCCCGCCUCGUCCGACUCGAGCCCAACAAGCUGCAACUUACGGUGCCAACAAGCUGCCUGAAGUCCCCCCACGACCUAUCAACAAGCGACUCGAGCGGUCCGUAUCUCCUGGCCACUUCCCUCGCUCUCCUCUAAACGAGCCUUGGAAUGGCAACUUCUCUCGUCAGAAGGCCAACGAUCAAACCGAGGCAAUGCCGCGUCGGCCUAGUGUCCAACAUCUCCCUUCCCUCGGACAAGAAGGUAUGGAAUAUGGCGAGAUAAUGGAACAGACAGCCGCGCAGCCUCCGGCUUCGGCUCCCGCUACGGAUUCCGCUACUCAGACAAGAAAUAUCGCCCACGACCUCAAGUUGUACGCUCCGAAGCCGUCCUUACCCAAAUCUAGUGCUGCGGCACAGAUUCAGGCCGUCACCAGAACAGAUUCCCAACAGGCAGCCCAACACGGCAUUGGAAAGCCGUCCACUCCGGCUCAGGACGAAGGUGACAUUCUGGGGCGUGUGAGGACUCGCACUAGUUUUUCGAGACCAAAUUCUACACUAGGCAGCGAACGUCGCUCAUCUAUAUACGGAGAGGAAUCUGGACCCGCGGAAAUAGGCAUCCGAGUCCCUAUCAAUCCAUUACUGGGUGAUGUUCAGGCACCUACACCUGGCAUGACUCCGUCCCAUACCGGGGAUAACGGUGCCUACAGAAAACUCCACUCGCGUUCAAAAAGCAGAGAGGUUUCUGCUCCUCCCGGCAGCUACGGCCUUCACGGCCACGGUGUGAUUCCCCAGGACAAGUUUGAAAAAGAUUGGUACGCCAGGCAUCCUGAGGCAGCUCAACAUGAAGAAACUACCGGCCACGGCGUCUACGAAAGCAUUGGGAGUGGCCGGGGCAGUUUUGCGAUGAGUUCCGACGAUUUGAACAAGAUAGUGCGCGAGACCGCUAUCCGGGGAGCUGGAUACGGUACGUCAGGAACUACCUACUCCUAUCCAGACGAGCAGAUCGGUUAUGCUGCAUCAGAGGUGUUCGUUUCGAGGUCCCAGAUGAACACCCCCAACAGCCUUGCCAAGACGGUGACCAACAGUUCUCAGCCCGUUGUGGAGUCUCCCUUGAGAAAGGCCAGUUUCCCGGCUGAUGGCACAGUUCCAGCCGAGGUCCGCCGAGGGAGACUCUCUGUGUCUGGUACAUCUGAUGAUCAUGAUGCUCUCGAAAGUGAAGCAGAGCAGGAAGUCCAGAUCCAACCUGCCCGUCGCUUCAACAAGCUCACGGGUGGUGAGGAGACUCUCAACGAAACGCAAGAGGCGCUACCGUACGUUUCGCACCCAACGGGAGAGGAUGGCUAUGUUAGUGAGCAUGGCUACACUGUCCCUAUCUUGGCGGCGGACGAAGUUGCCAAAGUUGUGGGCAUUGAACAUUUGCAACCAGCUGUCUCUCCCAGAGCAGAACGCCGUGGUAGUGAACUCGAACUGGACUAUCGCAGCGGCGAUGCAACCCCAUCAAGCAGACCAUCUAGCAUACACGGGCCGCAAUCUACUUCUCAGUCAGCUUAUCGCUCUGUUCCGUAUCUUGAUGAACGCGACAGCAUGCAUACUCCGUUGGAAGAUGUUGAGGAGUAUGAACCGCUCUUCCCCGAAGAUGACGACGACAAGAAGAAACCCCUUAGCCAUGCUGAGCGAUUCAAGCAAAGGCCUAAUACGCUAAGACAACGAUUUCCAAGUCAAGAUAUUUGGGAAGAUACUCCUAGCAGCGCCCUUCAUUCUGCCACGGUCUCAACGCCAGAUCUCCCUUCCCAACCAGAAGAAGCUGCCACGAAGACCUUCGAACACCCCGACGAGGAAGCAGCACGCAAACAAGAACCCACCGAAGCGGAACGAAGAAAACUCAUCCCAAAUCAGGAGAGACUCGCCAAAUCAAAGUUUGCUCCACACCUCCGAGAUGACAUGCCAACCAGGCCAGGGGCGGUACCUCGAUUCCCUAGUUCCGACAUCUGGGAAGAUAUCCCGGACAGUCACCAUCUUGUUACCGUGGUCAGCGCUCUACCGGCUGAUGACGAAGGCGAGAGUCCAACUGAGGUACCGAUCAAGCCAGCUGUACCUCCCCGUCCUGCAGACAAGAGCAGACUGGGCGAAGAUGCUUCUUCAGCUCAAGUUGCCCCGAAUGUUCCAGUACGGCCUCAAAAAGCCACCCAUGCCCUACCAACGGGCACAUCCACCUCGCCGACUGAGCUGAAGAAGGUCCCGAGUAUACCUGACAGACCGAAGCCUCAAAUUCCAGUUCGUCCUGCCAAGAAAACAACGGGAGAUGCGCGAGAUUCUGCCGGCUUGACUGAACAGGAGAAGGUGUCCCCUCCUAUCAUCAAAACGAAGCCACAGAUCCCGGCAAGACCUGGCCAAGGUAGUAAAAUUGCUGGCUUGAGGGGCAACUUCCUGAACGACCUCAACCAGAAGUUGGGCUUGGGUCCUCCGAAGGAGAAAGAGCCUCUGCCUGUUUCCGAAGAAGCAAAACCUUUGGAGGAUGCCCGGAAGGGAAGAGCCCGAGGCCCGCAAAGAAGAGCACCGGCCAAAUCUUCGGCAGCGGCCGCUACUACCCCGCAAUUCUCAAUAUUCACACCACGUGCGCUGUGGACAAUCGACGAUACCGACGAGAUCAAUGUAUCAUCUGACCAGCCUUCCGUUCCCGAAGCUACGUCAAAGAUCGAAGAUGCUCCUACCACUACCGAGCUCUCUGGUGAGCAAAUAGGACAGACCGAGAAUCCCACCGCAGUCGAUGCGCCCGUCCCUUCGACUGGUGAUUCCACGGGUCACGCCGAGAGCAACGAGGAGCACACAGGAGAUGAGUCAGUAGUACAUACCAGUGGCAUCGUCACAAAGACGGUUGAUGAAUCGUCGGAACCUCCGCUUGAGACACCGUCACAAGAAAAGUCCAAUCCAUUGAGCCACAAGCCGUCUGAAGAGGACGCCUCUGGACUUUCUCAAAAUACCACGGCAAGCGCUGCUGAAGCUUCGGGACCGGAACUCGAAAAAGAGGUACCAGACCCCAAUACCGACGCCAUUCCAGCGAGUAAACAAACGACGGCGGGGACCGACGCAGGGACCGUGCCUCUAGAGAAAAGCCCCGCUGAGGAACCUCGCGCAGUGAAGCAGACCGAAGGUGAGCCGGGCAAGGCCAGUACCGAGGAAGUGUAG